AUGGAGCGAGACAACUUCCCUCGACAGCUGCCUGUCCACGUGGGACUGGGGGGUCUGACUAACGUGCACGACAAUAGCUACGAGAUCGAGCGAAUGGGCCUUGCGUUCCAACGCAACAUCAAAAGCCUCGCCCGCGAGAUCUUCUCCCAGUCUACCAUCUCCAAGUCUACCAUGUAUAGACGGAAACGAUCGCGGGCGCUUUUUGAACGGGCUUUCGUCACCCUGGAGCCUACCGUGCUGUGCUAUCUGAUGUCUAAGCGCGGUAAUCACGCCCUCGACCUCGUCCACAUGUCCCGAUGGCAAGAAUACAACACUCGUUUCAGGGAGCUGCUGGCGACAUACCCUCGACUACGCGAGAUAGGACACAAGAUCUUUAAACAGUACAAGCAGGACAUAGACCGCGUCCUUGCGAAAGCUGAAGCGCCUCGGGAGGCUGAACCAUUGCCGAUGCCAUCAGGGCCACCAUACGUGGGAGGAAUGGGAGGAGUAUCGGAGUUGUUGAAUACAUCCAACUCUCACACUGGGGCUGGUGGUCCGGGAAACAGCACAACUCCCAGCGAUGCGACUCUGUCUACAUCCUCGAGCGAAUUUGUCCGUGGAGGAUCUUGGACGAGCACGAAUCCGUCUGAGACGUUUGAUCUUCGUUAUCAAUACCCCAGCAGCUCUCCAAAUUCAACAUAUUCUCAUUUGACGGACUACCAGCAUGUCGGAUAUGCCCAGCCGGCACCGAACCAAUACAUGCCGCAAGCCUCUGUCAUUCAUCCACAAACCGACAUGGCAUCCCUAGACUACAAUAGUAGGAUGCUCGAACAAUAUGCACCAUUCAAUCAACAUGACAAUAGUAGGAUGCUCGAACAAUAUGCACCAUUGCCAUUCAAUCAACAUGACACUGUCCACCAGCACUACCUAGCUAAUCAGAGGCAGUGGAUUCCACAGAAUGCACUUACAGCUACCCCUACGAUGCAACCCUUCCACAUGCAGUGUUCAGGGGAAAAAGCAAUCAUGAUUCUCUCGAGACUCAUUACCAACACAUUCCUUGAGUCUGGCUCCGGUGGCCCUAGUGACCCGACUUUCACUAAGUGGCACUUCUACAACCACAAUAUGAAACUUGGAACUCUCGAAUUUGGAAACUAG